GUAUCAGAGGAGUAGAAACAACAAGCCGCCAUUUUGUUUGUGCGGACACCGAAAGAGGCAGGAGAUACCGAGAAAGAAAGCGACUUCAGCGCCGAUAAUAGCGACUCCGAGACCCGCCGGUGAAAGAGUGGCGAUGUCGUGUCGGUGCGAAAAGAGCGAAGAAAGUAAAAACAAAGGAUAAGGCAGAAGAAGAAUGAGGGAGUGAAAAAAGGAUAUUCUCUGAAAAUCCAAGGAAGGGGUGUUUUUACGGAGCGGAGAGGCGGAAGAAGGCAAUAUAUUUAACGAAGAAAAAAACCUGCGAGCGAAAGAAAAAAAUAGAACACGAAAAAAAUAUCAUAAUUUACCCAUCGCCACAGAUGAAAAAAUGCCCGCAUAGACAAAUAUACCGAUAAAUGUAUAUUGGGUAUUUGAUGGGGGGUAAAAGGCAGGUUUAAAGGAAAAUAUAAAUUAGGAUAAUCGUGAAGGGGGGGCAUUUACCACCACAAAGACUCAAAGGAUUUUGUGGACCACAAAUAUGUUUGGGGGUGUUGCUAUCAUUAUCUUAUGGACGAAGCUUGACACUUUUCUAAAAUAGCCAUAAUAUUGUAGCGACCCCCCUCGCUUUAUCAGAUUUUCGCUCAUCGCUGUAUUCUCUUGUUCUUGAUCGGGAAUUUUUUCUUCACUUGCAUUGCAACCUAAAUCAGCAUACGCAGUGACCGAUGAUUUCUUGCAAUAUUUAUGAACCAAUUUCAUCUUUCUAAUCAAUGGUGAUCUUAUUGCAGUAGGUUAUAUGAUUACCUUUGAAGACCUUUCUUGGGUAAGCUUUAAAUCUCAAACACUUGGGCAAGUAAACCAAACGUCCUCUGCAAAAUAAAACUAGGACUAAUUGAAUCAAUCUGAUAAGACAUUAAUUGGCACAUUCUGGGCUAUAACUCAAACGAUUUUUGCAACAUCAAAUCUCAGAAUUUAGCCUAAAUUAUUUUUCAGGACAAACUAAUUGCUCAAAAUUGUAUUGCUUCAAUUUAACCUCAUUGCAUGUAAUUGGCAAAGGGGUGCAACAUCCAAAUGUGCAUUCAGUGUCCGUUAUUUUUUACAAUUCAGUGCCGUGCAUUGACAAACUAACAAAAUAAUGACACGAUGUAGAUGCUAAGGGAAAUGUAUUAAGUGCAUCGAAUUAAUUUAUCGAAUAGGAGCCCAUAGGUGUUGUACAGCCUAUCCUAUUGGAGAACGGAACUUGAUCAGUCAGCUUCACUGUAUUAUUUUUUUUCAGAUCUGAAUUGCACCCCUAUAUAAUUGUAUUUAUCUAAAAUACAAUGCGAAUUGUUUUCAGUGUUGAAUUUGAGGUUUUUAACCAAUGCUUUAAAUGCAUCUUAAACCACUAUCACUCAUUGGGACUGGGUAUCCCGGUUUCAUAGCCCGAAAUAUAGAUAAGCCUAUCAAGUUCUUGUUUCUUGACGAUCCCAGUUUACGUAUGGGGAUGAUUUUGAUAUUCUGUCACUGUCGGACACAUUCAUCUGUGUUUUUUUAUUAGACUAAGGACCUAACGCCAUAAUUGUAUUAAUUGACAACUCAUUACUUUGUGGUAAUGUUGGGAUCAAAUUGCAUUGACUGCAAUGGCAAUUCAGACAAAGUGGAAGAUUUAUCCGUUUUCGGGUCCCUCCUAACUGUUGCAUGAGACGAGGCCCCCAAAGGUAGCUACCACAGGGGUACGGUUUGCUUGUGUUUAUCGCGUUUCCCAUUUUGCUUCCCUGGACACGACCCCUCAGCAGAGUGCUCUAGAAUUAAACACUCGAUUUCGCCGGCGACUAUGGCGGAAAAGACUUGAUGCUGCUAUGGAGGACAGGUCUUGGGACAAUUUUUCCGACGCCAAAGAGGCUAAAUGAGAUUGUCGAAGGCCUACUUGCUUGUCUUUUACAUCGACUCCACCUUCCCUCCUCCUAAACUCGGAGAAAUCUAUAAAGGAACAAAAUCUCCGACAGGGGAGGGGGAUUGAUAGCGACGGCUAAGCAUAUAUCGAAAGUUGGAACCCUGAAAGGAGGAAGAGUAUCGCAAUUGCCUCCUUCCCUCCCUAAACGGUGGGGGAAGAAUCACAAACAUUUACAGAAGGGAAGUUUGAAAGAACUCGGACGCAAACAAGGGAAUAAGCCAAUCCUUUGUGAAUAUAUAGCUAUUUUUUAAUUCGUGAAAAAAUAUGGCCGAUAAUGUUCUAGAGUCCGGCCCGCCUUCAGCCAAGAGGCCUAAACUAUCAUCCCCUGCUCUCUCAGUCUCCGCCAGUGAUGGAAACGAUUUUGGUUCACUCUUUGACCUGGAGCACGACCUCCCCGAUGAGCUCAUCAACUCGUCGGAGCUGGGCCUGGUCAACGGAGGGGACCUCAGCCAGCUGCACACCAGCCUGGGAGGAGGAAUGGGAGGAGGCCAGGACGCUGCUGCCAAACACAAACAGCUCUCGGAGCUUCUCCGGGCUGGAGCGCUGCCACCCUCGAGUCAACAGGGAGCCACCAACAGCCCCGGUGGCUCCAUGGGACUCCUGGGCAGCAUGAAUGCCUCCCCUGGGCCCCAGAGUAUGGCCCCCCAGGGGCAGCACCCCUCACCCCAGCAGGCUGGCAUGAUGCAACAGGCGGGCAUGGUGGGUGGACUGAACAGGGCCAUGAUGGGGGCCCAGAAGGGCAAUGGACAGCAGCAAGGGUCCACGCCCCAGGGCAUGAUGGGAGGCCAGGUGAUGAAUGGCUCGCCCCGAAUGGGUUACCAGGUCAACCCGGGCAUGGGAAGUAACAGUAACCUGCUGGCAGAAACCCUGCAGCAGCAGGGGGGGCAGCAAAUGGGGUCAGGGGGUCAGGCUGGGAUGAGGCCACAGCAACCUGGAGCACUGAACAAGAUGAAUAUGAUGGCUAAUGCGGGCCCCUAUGGUGGUCCGUACGGUCAGUCAGCAGGCCAGGGUCUGGGUGGUGCUGGGCUGGGCCCACAGCACCAGAACAAGGCUGGUCUGGCAAACAGCCUGGCCCAGUUCAACCUGGACAAGAAGACACCGCCUAUACAGGGCAUGGCUGGGAUGGCCUCACAGCAGGCCUCGGCGGUAGGGCCAGUGUCGGUGGUUGGAGGCGGGGCCCAGGCUGGCCUUGGUACUGUGGCAACAGGUCCGGGGGCAGCGCCCCCCACGGCCGACCCGGAGAAGCGCAAGCUGAUUCAGCAGCAGCUGGUGCUCCUGCUCCACGCCCACAAGUGCCAGCGGCGGGAGCAGGCCAACGGGGAGGUGCGCCAGUGCAGCCUGCCCCACUGCCGCACCAUGAAGAACGUCCUCAACCACAUGACCCACUGCCAGGCUGGCAAGUCCUGCCAGGUGGCACACUGUGCCUCGUCGCGACAGAUCAUCUCUCACUGGAAGAACUGCACUCGGCACGACUGUCCUGUCUGCCUGCCGCUCAAGAACGCUGGAGACAAAAGGAACCAGCAGUCUUUACUAAGCAGUGCUGGAGUUGGUCUGGGCAACUCAUUAGGGGCAGUGCCAGGGGGUCAGCCCAGCACCCCUAACCUCACACCGCCCAGCCAGAUCGACCCCAGCUCCAUUGAGAGGGCCUAUGCCGCCCUGGGCCUCACCUACCAGGGCAACCAGAUGCCCCAGCAACCGCCUCAGUCCAACCUGCCCAACCAGCCUGGCAUGAGGUCGCUAAACGCCAUGGGAGGGAACCCCAUGGGGAUGAAUGGAGGGGUGGGGGUGCAGCCCCCCAAUCAGUCCAACCUGCUACCAGACACCAUGCUGCACAACAAUAUGAAUGUGCAAAGUUUGAUGAAUGACGGCAGCGGGGUGGGCAGCCUGGGCGCCAUGCCCAUGGCGACCCCUCCCUCAGCCGCGGGCAUGAGGAAGAACUGGCACGAGGACAUCACCCAGGACCUGCGCAACCACCUCGUCCACAAGCUGGUGAGCAGUGUGCAGGCCAUCUUCCCCACCCCGGACCCGGCUGCGCUGAAGGACCGGCGGAUGGAGAACCUGGUGGCUUACGCUCGUAAAGUAGAGGGGGACAUGUACGAGUCGGCCAACAGCAGGGCGGAGUACUACCACCUCCUGGCUGAGAAGAUCUAUAAAAUCCAGAAGGAACUGGAAGAGAAGCGGCGGACGCGGUUACAGAAGCAGGGCAUGAUGCCCACGCAACCCGGCAUGCCCCCCUCAGGCCUGCCACAGGGACCCCUUGGCAUGGGCCAGUCCCCUCUGGCCCCCGGACAGCCGUCCAAUGGUUCUCAUGCUGACCCCUCCAUGAUUCGACCCACCGGACCCAAUCAGAUGGUGAACAGGAUGCAGAACCCUGCAGGGAUGAAUCAGUUUGGACAAAUGGGUAUGCAGUCAUUAGGUCAGAGGUCAACGCCUCCCCUCCCACUUGGUGGACCUCUAAAUCAGAUGGGUAUGGGGCCAACGCGGAUGGGGCAGCCCAACGUGGCCCAGCUCCAGAACCAGUACCUCCCUCCUGGUCAGUUCCCUGGGUCCAGUCCUGGCCUCGGGGCUGGCGCAGUCGGCAUGAACCAUCCAGGGCUACAAGGAGGCGUGACGCAGCAGGCCCAGAUGCCCACGCCGCCCUCGCUCCCGGUCAGCAGCCCUGCAGCCCAGCCAGGCUCAGUGGCAGGAUCAGGGCCCUCCCAGGGCUCUAUGGGGCCAGGCAGUGUAGGUGGAGGCCCUCCUUCCAACCUGCAACUGCCUAACUCCAAUUCCUCUCAGCCCAACUCACACCCGCACUGCCCCCCCAUCCGACAGAACUCCCCCUCCCCGGCACGCAGCCUCACGCCAACCCCUCAUCAGACGCCGCCUGGUCAGCCAGGCUCGCAAACCCCCCAGCCUCACACGCCCAACCCGCCCCAGGUUGCCGCUCCGCUCCCGCAGCUAGCGUCGUCACAGCCAAUGGGGCAAGGAAUGAACUCGGAGAAGCCCAGUCAGCUCCAGCAGCAGACAAAUGGUGGCGGAGCUUCUGGAGGCCUCCCGACAGGGCAGGCUCAGUCUGUGCCUACCCAGAAUGCCCAUGUGCCAACCCAGCUUCCGCAAACUCCACUGUCUCAGAAGUCUUCUCUGACGGCAGACGGCCAGGCUUCCACUCCGGCCUCGGUGAGCAGCGUGGACCCUAGCUCCCAGCUGACCUCGUCGGACGCCCCCGCCCCAGCUGAGCCCAAGAUGGAGGUGAAACAACAGGACGAUGAGGAUGCCGAGGACCAGGGAGAGGGGAAGGCCUCUGGGAAGAUGGGCAAGGGACAGGCAGACAUCAAGUCAGAGGAGAAACCUGAGAUUAAGAAGGAGAAGCCUUCAGGCGACGGAUGCAAGGGCGAGCCUAUGGACACGUCGUCAUCGGCAGCAACGCCGAAGAUGGAGGACAGAGACAGGAAGCCAGAGGUGAAGACUGAGCCCAAAGACGAAGAGGAGAGGUCUGGGGCAUCGGGCACGCACAGCUCCCCCGCCAGCGCUCAGAAUAAGAGGAAAAUCUUUAAGCCUGAGGAGCUGCGUCAGGCUCUGAUGCCCACCCUGGAGGCCUUGUACCGCCAAGACCCUGAGUCUCUGCCCUUCCGCCAACCGGUGGACCCCCAGUUACUGGGAAUACCCGUACGUAUUCGAACUAGUAACAAAACUAACCUGGACUACUUUGACAUUGUAAAGAACCCCAUAGACCUGUCGACGAUAAAGCGUAAGCUGGACACGGGACAGUACCAGGAGCCCUGGCAAUACGUGGAUGACAUCUGGCUCAUGUUUAACAACGCCUGGCUGUACAACCGCAAGACGUCCCGCGUCUACAAGUACUGCUCCAAGCUGGCCGAGGUGUUCGAAGCCGAAAUCGACCCUGUCAUGCAGGGCCUGGGCUACUGCUGCGGGAGGAAGCUUGAGUUUUCCCCCCAAACUCUAUGCUGCUAUGGGAAACAAUUAUGCACCAUCCCGCGCGACGCUGCUUAUUUUAGCUACCAGAACAGUUCACCACAAUUUGGGCUUCUUGCUGACAGGUACCACUUCUGUGAGAAGUGUUUCAACGAAAUCCAGGGCGAGUGCGUGUCCCUGGGGGAUGAUCCUUCUCAGCCUCAGACGUCCAUCAGCAAAGAUCAGUUUCAGAGGAAGAAGAAUGACACGCUCGACCCUGAAUGGCUUGUGGAAUGUACCGACUGCGGGCGUAAAAUGCACCAAAUCUGUGUCCUGCAUAAUGACACCAUAUGGCCGGCAGGCUUUGUAUGUGACAGCUGCCUUAAGAAGGCCAAUAAGACGCGGAAAGAGAACAAAUACGCGGCCAGAAGUAAGUGGAGGCUCCCCCAAACUAAGUUGGGCAGCUUCCUAGAGGGGCGAGUGAAUGACUACCUCAGGCGGCAGAACCAUCCAGAGUCUGGUGAUGUCACUAUCCGUGUGGUCCAUGUCUCCGACAAGGUGGUGGAGGUCAAGCCAGGCAUGAAGUCCAGGUUUGUGGACACCGGGGAGAUGUCCGAGUCCUUUCCCUACAGGACGAAGGCGCUGUUUGCGUUCGAGGACAUAGACGGGGCUGACGUCUGCUUCUUCGGCAUGCAUGUGCAGGAGUACGGUUCAGACAGCCCUCCGCCCAACCAGAGACGCGUGUAUAUCUCUUACCUGGACAGCGUGCACUUCUUCCAACCUCGACACCUCCGCACAGGCGUCUACCAUGAGAUACUCAUAGGGUACCUGGAGUACGUCAAGAAGUUGGGGUUUACAACAGGGCACAUCUGGGCUUGUCCCCCAAGUGAAGGGGACGACUACAUCUUCCACUGUCAUCCUGUGGACCAGAAGAUCCCCAAGCCCAAGCGCCUACAGGAGUGGUACAAGAAGAUGCUGGACAAGGCCGUAGCUGAGCGCAUUGUGCAUGACUACAAGGAUGUCUUCAAGCAGGCCACAGAGGACCGUCUCACCAGUGCCAACGAGCUACCAUACUUUGAGGGGGACUUCUGGCCCAACGUGCUGGAGGAGAGCAUCAAGGAGCUGGAGCAGGAGGAGGAGGAGAGGAAGAGGGAGGAGAACAGCACCUCCAGCGAGAGCGUAGAUGUGAGUGCCCCGAAAAGUGACAGCAAGAAUGCCAAAAAGAAGAACAGUAAGAAGACGAGCAAGAACAAGAACAGCAGCCUGAUCCGAGCCAAUAAGAAGAAACCAGGGAUGCCCAGUGUGUCCAAUGACCUCUCCCAGAAGCUCUACGCUUGUAUGGAGAAACACAAGGAGGUGUUCUUUGUGAUCCGUCUCAUUGCCGGCCCCACUGCCAACUCCCUGCCCCCCAUCACGGACCCGGACCCCCUAAUGGCCUGCGACCUGAUGGAUGGGCGUGACGCCUUCCUGACGCUGGCCCGGGACAAGCACCUGGAGUUCUCCUCCCUGAGGAGAGCCAAGUGGAGCUCCAUGUGCAUGCUGGUGGAGCUACACAAUCAGAGCCAGGACCGCUUCGUCUACACCUGCAACGAGUGCAAGGCAAGCGUGGAGACACGCUUCCACUGCACCGUCUGCGAGGACUACGACCUGUGUAUCACCUGCUAUAACACUAAGGGCCAUGAACACAAGAUGGAGAAGCUGGGCCUGGGCCUGGACGACGAGAGCAACAACGCCGCGGCCGCUGCCACUCAGAGCCCCGGGGACUCCCGCCGCCUCAGCAUUCAGCGCUGCAUCCAGUCCCUGGUCCACGCCUGCCAAUGCCGCAAUGCCAACUGCUCCCUGCCGUCCUGCCAGAAGAUGAAGCGUGUGGUACAGCACACCAAGGGAUGCAAGCGCAAGACCAACGGUGGCUGCCCCAUUUGCAAGCAACUCAUCGCCCUGUGCUGCUACCACGCCAAGCACUGCCAGGAGAACAAGUGCCCCGUACCCUUCUGCCUCAACAUCAAGCACAAGCUCCGCCAGCAGCAACUCCAGCACCGCCUCCAGCAGGCUCAGAUGCUUCGGAGAAGGAUGGCCAGCAUGCAGAGGGUGGGCCAGCCUGCCUGCGGUGGAGGAGGACCUCCUGGGGGGCUGCCAUCACCAGGUAACAAUGGCACCACAGCCCCCAGUACACCCACAUCAGGAGGCACCCAGCCCCCAACACCACAGACACCCACCCAGCCCAACAUACCUCCUGGGCCCCAGCCAGGGAUGGGUGGUGGAGGAACUUUGCAGCAGCAGCAAGGUGGGAUGCCUCAGCAGCACCACCAGCUUCACCACCAGUUCCAGCAGAUGCCUGGAGGGGGGAUGAUGAACUCCCCCCAGCAACAGCAGAUGGUUCCUCAGGUCCAGCAGCAGUCCCAGGCCUCAAACCCCCAACAGCUCCAGCAACACCCCAACAGCCUGCCCCCUUACACCAACAGGCCUCCAGGCUCCUCACCGCACCCUCAGUCCCAAGGCAAACCGGGCCUGGGACCAGCCACACCACCUCAGCAGCAACCACCUCAACAGCAGCCCAACCCUGGCCAGCCUUCUAUGCCCCAGCAGCAGCAGCAACCUCCUUCAGGGCCUCCUCCAGCAGCUGUGGAGAUCGCCAUGAAGAUUCAACAAGUGGCAGACGCCCAAAGGAAGAUGGCCCUGCAGAGGCAGGCGGCGCAGGCAGCUGGCAUGAUGCCUCCGCACCCUCACCACCAACAGCCCCAGGGCCAGAUGGGCAUGGCCCACCCUGGGGUGGGCAUGGUGGGGGCCCAGGGGCUGCCUCCCCAUGCUCAGGCAGCUCAGGCUGCUGCCAGGGCUCACAUGGAGCAGCAACAACAGCAGCAGCAGGGUCCUCCAGGUAUGAUGGUGGGCCCUGGCCCCAGCCCCAUGCAGCAGCAGCCUAAUCCCCAGGGUCAGCUGCCUCCACAGGUGCAGCAGCAGAGGGUUGGUCCCCCGCUUCAGAACCCCCAGCAACAGUGGGCUGGCCAGGGAAUGCCACCCCAGCAGAGACAAGCCAUGAUGGGACAUCCAGGCAUGGUGGCGCCUCAGCAGCAACAACCGCAGCAAAUGCAACAGCGGCAGCAGGCUCAGGGACCUGGUGGGUUGAUUGGUAUGGUGCAGCAAGGUGGUGCAGCUGGGGGUGGGAACCUCCCGCAGGCUGCCCUUCAGGAACUGCUGCGUACCCUUCGCUCCCCCAGCUCACCCGAGCAGCAACAGCAGGUGCUCAACAUCCUCCGCUCAAACCCUCAGCUAAUGGCUGCCUUUAUCAAGCAGAGAGCCUCCAAGUAUAAGGGGGGCCCAGGACCCCCGGGAGCCCCUGGCGGGCCAGGUCCAGGCAGAGUUCCAGGAGGUAUGGGUGGCCAACAGGUCAAUGUGAAUGCUGUGGCUAGUCAGCCAGGUAUGCACAUGGGUCAGGGAGUCAACAUGCCCACCAUGACCCAGCUACAGCAAGUACAGCAGCAGCAACAACCGCAGCAGCAGCGUCCUAUGCUUAGUAGUUUGCAGCAGCAACAGGUGGCAGCACUUCAGCAGCAUCAACAGCAGCAGCAUCAGCAAGGAGGGAUGCCAGGCCAGCAGGCACCUAACAUGGCCAACAUAAACCCCCAGUUCAGAGAGCUCCUUAUGAGGAGGCAUCUCCAACUACAACAGCAACAGCAGCAGCAACAGAUUGGGAACCAUACCCAGUUCCAACAGCAGGGCUACAUGGGCCAGCCGGGCAUGGCCCCCCAGCAGCCUGGUCAGGGCCAGUCUGGACUGCAGCAGCAGCCUGGAGCCCAGCCAGGGCAGCAGCAGCAGGGUUACCCCAGCACGGUGGCCCAGCAGCAAGCUGCUGCAGUGCUCCAGCAGAGGCUCCAGCAUCAGCACCAACUCCAGAUGCAGCAGCAACAACACCAGAAUGCCAUGGUGGGCCACCAGGGGGCUGAGGGGGGUCCGGGUACUGGAGUAGGCGGCCCCCCACAGCAGCCCCCGCAGGGCACCCCCCAGCCACAGUCCUCCCAGGCUCUGCUCCAGCAGGCACUGCACCAGAGGCUGCUUCAACAGCAGCAGCACCUGGGUGGGGGCUCUCCGGCCCAGCACAGCAGCCCCAUGAGCCCCCAGCAGCAGAUGGCCCAGUCCCCUCACCUGCAGGGCCAGACGCUGUCCACGUCCCUCAGCAACCAAGUGCGCUCGCCCCAGCCCUCCCCGCGACCCCAGUCCCAGCCAUCACACUCUAGCCCCUCCCCGCGCAUGCAGCCCCAGCCUUCCCCUCAUCAUAUCUCCCCACAGACCCAGACGGGCUCCCCGCACCCAGGCCAGCUAACCCAGCACCACCCUGGUAUGGUGGUCCCCUCUCAACAGCCGCCUCAGCAGCAGAACUCAAUGGACCAGUUUGGGCCAGACCAGAAUGCCAUGCUGUCUCAACUCAGUGGGAUGAGUGGUCUCCAUGGGCCUGGAGGACCUGACAUGCUGUCUGGGAACAGCCAGGACCUUGGGCAGAACAUUAAUCAUAACACUUUAGACAUGUAGCCUCGCUGUGCUUUCGGGACUGCACCUGGGACAGUUAGCCUUUCUUUUCUUUUUUUACUAUUAAUAUUAUUUAAUGUUUUCAAUAAAAAAUACAUUGAAGUGAACUUCCUAUGGGAGAUGCAACUAUAAAUCAUCACGUCGAUUAAUAAAUGAAUGGUAAGUUAUUGCUGUUAAUAUAUUUUUUGCCAAUUGUGUACAAAUAGGGGGAUGGUAUCUCCCUUAGAGAAUACGACGCAGGUAAUAUUUUUGGGGUUUGGGAGUAUUUGCCUUUUUAAGAAAUGUUUAAGAUUUUAAAAAUUUUGAAAAAUGUAAGCGCAAAUAAUUUAAUGCAAUGGACUUAUUCUAAUUUCUCCAUAAAUCAGUCUUAUCAGUUUAGCAGAGUGAUUUGGAUUAAUAUUAUUAUAAAUCCAAACAUCAUGCAUAUCUUUCUUUUAAAAGUUUGGGUUUACUUUAUUUAUUUUCGUUUUUUGGCGGUUUGUUGGCAUAUACCCUAAGACUGCUACAAUUCACAUAGAAUAUAUUUUUGUUAUUGAAAUGGGGGUGGGUUAUUUCAUUUCACUGAUGUCUGGGUUGGGCUUUCAAUCUGGAAUAAAAUGAGUGUUUGUGGUUGAGGGCCUGCUGCAAGUUUCAGUGGCCAAUGGCGACUACAUUUGAAAUGCCUAACCAUUGGACAUCAAUACUGGAAGGGCCAGCCCUCUCACUGAACACACAUGCCCUCCCUCACCCUCGAAUGUGUGAGCACUCCUGUAGACAGUAUUGGAGGUGGGGGGGGCACAUACCUAUAUGCCUGUAAAGUUUAGAGUACAUGAGGUAUUGGGGGGGGGGUCUGCCAGUGUAUAGGACAUUACUGUUCUUGUAAAACAGAGGGAAUGGAUCCAAAUGAACUGUGCUGCAUAGAACUGAGGAAGGGGAGAGACGUGACCAGUCGCUCUCUUCCUCACCCUUACUUUUCCCUCUGGACUUGAGCCCAAUGCACUGGUCCCCUUCUCCUGCCCCAGAAUAAUUGCUGUCCCUCCCAACCCCAAUUUAUCUUUCUGCUCAGAACUUUGAGAGUUUAAUUUAAUAUUUUUUACUGUACAAAGAACUGUGGACUCAAAUACUGUUUUUUUUUUUAUAAUAAAAUGAAAAAUGUGCUGAAUA